GAAUCGUGCAGAAACAAACCGACCCGUCUGGUUCUGAUAGUUCUUCCUCCAUCUUCCUCUUCCUCACCUCAGUCCGGUCGGCCAUGGUUCUGUCCCCAGUCAACAAGCUCCGGGUGUUCCGGGUCGUCUUCUCUGACCCGACCAGAACCUUCUACAGCAGCGGGGACAAAGUGUCCGGCUCGGUCCAGCUGGAGGCCAGCGCCCCCUGCAGGCUGACGCGCCUGAGGGUCACAGCGGCCGGCUGCGCCCGCGUAGAGAGCCGGCGCCGCAGCCAGGAGGUGGAGUACCUGAAGUACGAGGACGAGGUCCGACUAGACCCGGUUCUGAACACAGAUUCUGACGGCUACUUCCUGCUUCCUGCGGGGAAAACCUUCUGCUUCCAGUUCGGCUUCGAGCUUCCUCCUCCAGGGCGGCUGGUCUCGUCCUUUAAAGGGAAGUUUGGGUCGGUGCGGUACUACGUGAGAGCAGAGCUGCACCGGCCUUCCCAGCAUGCAUUGCGGUGUGAGCGAGAGUUUGAAGUGGAGGAACCGCUGGACGUGAACCGACCCGACCUGCUGGCUCCAGCGGCGGCCUCCCGGCAGAAGAAGCUCACCUGCCUGUUCAUCCCCGACGGCCAGGUGUCGGUCUCGGCUCAGAUCGACAGGAAAGGCUUCUGCGAGGGCGAGGACAUCAACAUCAACGCCAAGUUCGAGAACACCUGCUCUCGGAUCGUGGUGCCGAAAGCCGCCAUCGUCGCCAGACACUCCUACAGCGUCAACGGGACCGCUAAGAUUCUGCGCCAAAAACUGACAGCGGUCCGGGGGAACCCCAUCAUGUCCGGCAUGUGCGACAUGUGGCAGGGGCGGAGCCUCCGGGUCCCAAAGCUGAAGCCCACUCUGCUCGGCUGUGACAUCAUCAAGGUGGACUACGCCCUCCUGGUCUACCUGCACAUCCCCGGCAGUGAGAAGCUGGUGCUGGAGCUGCCUCUGGUCAUCGGUACCAUCCCGUUCAGCGGCGUCGGCAGCAGAACCAGCAGCAUGAGCAGCCAGGACUCCGCCCCCUCCGGCCCCCCCAGCUACAACAACAUCCACCAGGACCUGAUUGUGGACGGACCCCGCAUGCCGCUGCUGUACGACUACGAUGGCGGCGACGACGACGACGACAUGGGGCUCUUCAUCAGGGUUCCUGAGGGGUGCUACCCCGCUCCGCCCGCCUACAGCGAGGUUGAUGAAGAUGCCGUUCACUCUCAACAGGUCUUCUGAAGGCAGACAGAAGGAGGACACUGUCCCUUUAAGUCUGAGGACAGAGACACCAAACGGAUUGAAAAGACCAAAACUGAUUCAUCAAGGACUCAGACAUAUUUAUACUGACCUAUUUACAUGACUCAGCAGUUUAUGAAGAUGAUGACUCGGCAGUUAAAAGAUGACCUGGGUGUUCCUAAUGUCAAGGCAGUGUCGACUCUUUAUGAAAUCAUGUUUAUUGUUUGUAAAUAUUUUGGGGGGGUUUUCUACAGUAACAGGAAGUUACAAUAAUGUAUAUUUUGUAAAUAAUCAGAUUUUUAAAAAUUUUCUAUUCAUUGAAUAAACAAUAAUGACAUAUGA